UGGGAGGGGGACAGGUGUGAGCGACCCCAUCAUCAUGUUUAAUUUUACCCGGGACAGGGACCCCUGGGGUCCGACCCGGAACCCCUUCAAAGCGGGGUUGUUGGGGUUGCGGCGGGACGGAGUGUCUGAGUCCCUCUUUGCUCCGCGGACGGCGGAGCUCUGUCUCACGCCAACUCCACCGUCAGUGACGUCCGCGUCACGUGUGCGUCUCUUCCCCUCGUACGUCGGUGGCAUUUUCCUCCCCUCCACCGCCUGCUUUAACGCCGAGGCGCUCGAAAUAAACAACCGCGGACGGAGGACGGGCUCCGUCGCUGCUCUGAGUGACUGCGGUUUCGGGGGUCGUCGCCGCCGGAUGUACGGAAGGGGUCUUUACACCUCUAAGUUUCCAUCAUCAGUCAAGCCCGACCCUCCCGUCCGUUAGUGGCUCAUCGGAGCCCGUGUCAAUGUAAACUUUUUGGUACCUCUGGGGCUCCGACAGACGAGACCGAAGUGUUUGGACCUAUGGAUAAGCCCUGCUGUUUUCCCUCUCCUAAAACUGGCCUUUAGGCAGCAGAAAAACGUCUCGCUCGCGUUUCUCAGCUAUUUAACCAGGCCACUCCACCAUAUGGUCACACCAUGGCAAGCAAGAGGAAAUCUACCAUGCCUUGCAUGAUCCCAAGCAAGAUAAUCCACCCCAUAGAGGAUGUCGAACGGGACUCUCCAGUUCUCCUCCAUCAGCCCAGGGUUUCUGGAGGUGACACUAAUGAAUGUUCCAAAUCAGAUUUAGGGGAUGAUAAGGAUGGUGCUGGGAACUACACCUGCAAACUCUGCAACUUUGAAACCCACGACCUCAACCUGUUUCUGGAUCACGUCUACUCCGUGCAUCCAGAGUUUAGAGCAGAGCCUAGUUUUGUUUGCAUGAACUGUGCCGUUUCGGCUCCAAAGUUUGAGGGGCUGGCCCUUCAUAACGCCAGGGUUCACCCCAGCACACUGGCCACAACGCUGCAGCUGCGGAAAAGGGAACGAAGGGUUGUGGUGGAACAGACUCUGAGUUUGACAGAGUUAGGCAAAGACUCUGAGAUUUCUAUCACCAAAACUCCCAUCAUGAGAAUGCUGAAGGGCAAAUCGGAACCCAAACGAAUUGUAGUGUCCCACCCGCUGUCAGAGGAGCCGCUCUCAGAUCCGCAGAGUGUCUGCGCGUCCAGAGAGGGUGGAGCUAGAGAGCCUGCUGCUGUGACGGUCACCCACGUUCCUACAAUUGUCCACAAUGGAGCUACGAAGGCCACGCUGCCCUCAGCUAUACAGAUUGUGAACGGCUCAACGGCGUUGCCCUUGUUGAAGACGCCCAUCACACAGGUGGUUUCUGUAGCCCAAAACAGAGGCGUCCACCAUUCUGCAGCGGUCACUGCCCCGUUAAAUGUUUCUUCUGCUUCCUCGUCUUCAUCAUCAAAAAAUCUCCCCAAGGUCAUGAUUCCUUUGAGUAGCAUCCCCACCUACAGUGCCUCCAUGGAUGAGUCCUCUUUUCUAAAGACCUCCUUCAGUAAGUUCCCAUACCCCACAAAAGCUGAGCUCUGCUACCUGACCGUGGUCACCAAGUUCCCAGAAGAACAGAUCAAGAUCUGGUUCACUGCUCAGAGACUGAAGCAAGGCAUCAGCUGGUCUCCCGAGGAGAUAGAGGAGGCCAGGAGGAAGAUGUUCAACACCAUCAUUCAAACCACACCUGCAAGCACGCAGAGCCAGAGUCACCCCAGUCCAGCCCAGCACACCAUCACGGUGCUGCCGGCCUCCCUGGGAGCCGCAGGGAUCCCUCAGUUUCUGCAGGGCUCUCUGGUCAGUCAAGGAGGCGUCAUUGUUACGCAGCCGGUGGUGGCCAAUGGGAUUCAGGUCAGCAGUGCUCCUGUGGCCCUGGCUGUCACACCAAAGCCCCAGGCAGCGGCUCGGCCCAUGAUGCAGGGCCGUCCCGCCGCAGCGCUGGUGGCAGAAAAAGGCGUCAGCAUGGUGGUGGGAACAGUGGGCAGCAGCAGUGCAGGGAGCAACAUCAUCGUCAGCAGCAAAAGUGGGGGAGGAGACUCGAACAGUGCUGUAGGUGGUGUCAUCAACCUUAGCCUUGGAAGCAGCAACCACAGUAAAGCUAAGGCGGGGAGCGGUAACGGGAAACACGCCUCAUCUGCUGUAGACUCCAGCGACAAGAGCAAAGGUGACUCUGCCAGCCGCGUCGCUGCUAAGGUCACAGAUGUUAGCAAAGAGGAAAACAGCAGCGCUGCAGAGAGUGACUGCGGGGCUGGCUCGGGAAGCAACGUGGUUGUCUGCAGUGCAGCCUCAGGCAGCGAUGGACAGAAGAGGAAAGAUGUUAACGGUAGCAGCAGCACGACGAGCUCAAGCCCAGAGGACAAUUCCUCUGCCAGAGACUCGCCAAACAUCAAAAUAGAUGAAGCUUUGUCCCCCUCCUCCAAGUCUUCCUCCGCUUCUCCCGCUCCUAUCAGCAGCUCACGGACUUCCAUCAAUGCUUUUCUGGAUCCCAGUUUCUACAAAGGCAAGAAGUCUCAGGAGCAGCUCACUGCCCUGAAGGACAGCUUCCAGGCCAACCAGUUUCCAGACCAGGACGAAGUGGAUCGCCUCAUCGGAAUCACCGGCCUCACAGUACGAGAGGUCCGCAAGUGGUUCAGCGACCGGCGAUACCACUUCCGUAACCUCAAAGGGGGUCGCUGCAGCACUGGAGGGCAGGGUAAACCCAGCACGGGAUCAGGGAGCGGUCCACCCACGCCAGGAGGUGGGUCUGCCGGCACCCCCAUGGAUCUGUCUGAAUGUAACAGCAACUCUGGAGCAAAAACCCCCCAGCAGAACUCGCCUGAUGCUUUCCAGAACUCUGCUGCAACAGCGACUCCCACCUCCCCCACCACACCUUCUCGCCGAACAACCAGACCUCCCUCGUCUGAUUUCACAGCCAUUCGCUACAAAGAGAGAGAACCGCACCAGGUUAAAGCGCUUGAGGCCAGCUUUGCAGAGAACGCUGACCCCCCAGGAGAGGAAGUGGACCGGCUGCGAUCCGAGACAAAGAUGACCAGGAGGGAGAUCCACGGCUGGUUCACCGAUAAGAGGAAGAGAAUGGCAGCUGAGAGAAAAAAGGAAGAAGCUGAGCGGUUACUGAAGGAGGGCGAAGACGAUAUGGAGGUAGACGAGGAUGGCAAACCGAGAGACGAUGGUUCCGGAGAACCAAAAGUCAACCCUAUUAAAAUAAAUCUGAAGAUGCUCAAAGUGACUGAAGCCAGUGGCAAGCUAGAGGGUGAAGGCUCUGAGAAUCUAACGUUACAAUCUCCAGCUGCUUUCUCCCCGAUCCCCACCUCAUCCAGCAACUCUAAACCCCCCCAGUCCUCCUCUCAAACGGCAAAAGCAUCUCAUUCCCCCAAACCUACAACAGUCCGAGGCAAGAAGACAGUGGAGCAGCUGCACCUGCUCAAACAGGUCUACGCUCGCACCCAGUGGCCCAGUGCCACCCAGUAUGAUGAUUUAAUUUCAGGUACGGGGCUGCCCAGAUCUGAGGUGGUGCGCUGGUUUGGAGACUGCCGCUACGUCCAAAAGAACGGGCCGCUGAAGUGGCUGGAAGAAUAUCAGAACAUGGCUUUGGAGGAGGAGAUGCAGGCGGAGAACACGCAGAUCCUGCAGGCCCACCUUGAUGCUCAAGGCAGACUGGAGGAGUCACAGUUGCAGGAGCUGGUGGAGAAGACGGGUUUGACUGCAGACCUGGUGCGGCAUUGGUUUUCCACCCAAGGGUCUCUGCUCCAAAACAAACCCACGGCCGCCCAAACGACAGGAGCAGUUGCAGCAGGCGUGGCCGGAACAACGGGAUCCUCCCCCCCGGAGCAGCAGCCGGCAGGCGGGAUGGACCAGAAAAUGGAGCAAUCAGUGUCUGGUUUCACAACCGAUGCAGAGAAGACGAACGCUGAGGACAUUUUGAAUGCUUCCAAAGAGAUGGACUGAGGCGAGCUCUGAGUGAAGCUGGAGUCCACAAGGCAGGUGGUCUUUGUUCUGGGGGUCUGACGGCAGAUGCACUUUGUAACAGGAUCGCUGGAUGGAAACGGAUCUUGAAUAACUAUCCAUCCCUCCCGCACUCCUUUCCUUCUCACUCCCUUACCCCCCAGCGGGUAGGCGUGACCUCCCCCGCGACGUGAAGCAGCAGCUGACUUCACUCCCCUUUUCCCCUCCUCCUGUUUCUCAUGGCCCCUCACUCCACAGAUGCCACCUCCCUGCAUUUUCUCAGCCACCAUUUUCCCUUUAGGACAACUUUUUUGUUUUUUAUUGUUGGAUAAGCACAGGAGUGAAAACCAAAGGAAGAGGAGGCUGAUGGCGGUCUGCUGCCAUGUUUACUCUGCCUGCUCGCAAUGAUGGGAGAAACGGUGGACAUGAAAGGAAAUGGGGUGGGGGGGCUUGUGACAGGCUUGAUCAGGGGUGGGGGGUUGGGAUGCAGUCCGAAAUGGUUGGAGUUGAGAUAGCUGAGUAUUAUGAGACUGUCCGUUAUUGUUCUUUAAGGUACGAAUAAAAAAUGCACAAUUCUUUUUUUUUUUUGUACAGUGCUUGCUGAGGCCUUAGAUAAAACUUUUUAGUAUUUUCUUUUUUUUCUUUUCAUGAUGUUUGCAGCUUACUUUAAAAGUGCUAGCUAGGCUGUUCACAGCCCAUCUCUGUUUGUCUAUUUUCUGUUUGCUUGAAUUUGGACAUCAGUUGUUCCAAGUUUAAAAUCUCAUCAGCCACAAGAGACGAGAAGCCUGUGGUGUCAAAACAAAUGUGAUCAUAUAUAUUCUAAUAAUGGAGAAGGGUUUGUGUUGUAGCAUUAAGUGCUUCUUUAAGUCACUGACGUGUACAAAAAUCUGUUUUUAUGGAUCUUUCUUACUGAAUAAAUUUGACUGUAAAAGAACUGAACUUUUCUUAAAGUUCCACACUGGGGUUGGAUGUACAAUUUUUACAAAUGCAUUUGCAGAAUAAACAGAAUGUAUUGACUGAGUCUCUUGAGCAAA